AUGCCUUUCUCUGCUAACCAGAGCUACUCUGCCGCCCUAGCUGGCCUAGGGUUCGCAUAUCCUCUACUCCUAUCCACAAACUCUCUCAAUGAGUAUAAUACCUGCCGGGAGUGGGUGUCCGACUCUGACGCGUUUAGCGCGCCCGAGCCCACACCUUUCCCCUCCCCUUCGGCGGAGCACAUCCUCUACCCGCGUCUCCCCCACGUCGUGCCCGGGAAAUACACUGGCGCCGAGCUGGCCUCGGAGACCAGUCCCGCGCACGACAGUCUCCCUGCCGCCCACCCAUCCACCCAUACCGGGCCAGAGCAGGAGACGGGGGAUGGCUAUGAAGGCAGUAGCGAGGGCGUAAAAAGCGCCUUCGCGCAAAAGCUGCUGGCCAAACGCGCACGUACUGGCAGGUGCCAGCGUGCCGCGCUGGUCGCGGGAGUGGCGCCGUCCAGCUCGUCAUACAAGCGUGCGCGGGCGUACGCUGCGAGCGGACUUGGCCGCGGGCUCCCCAGUGGAGUUCCCGCGAAGGCGACGAGGCGCACUGCGUACACUGUCUCCAUCCCGAAACACAAGCGUGCCAUUGCGUACGCGGGGCUUGGCCUUGGGCUCCCUUCGAGCGCCAAGGCCCGCCUGCAGCGCUCGACCGCCGGUAUGCAGAGUACCGAGCCGUCCACUGAUGCGCGCAACCCAUCCACCCGCCCCACCCCUCAGCGCGCCGAGUUCACUCGGCCAAACCUGGAGCGAGGGGCGUGGCCUGUGGCCCCGUCCCCCUCCAUUCUCCCCGCGCCGCACUUCUCCGACAUCGCCUUCCCUGAGGCGCCCACCACUACCAUCCCCUUUUCUGUCGCGCCGUCGCCAUCCAUGCUGCCGACGCCGUUCCCACCUCACCGCACUCAUGUGCGAUAUAUCCCUUCUCCCCAAACGGCGCCCGCCCGGAUGAUGCGGCCUUCGCCGCAUCCCAUCCAGCGGCCCAGACCCCCGCCCCGCCCGCCAUUGGCCCAAAUUGGCCUUGGCCUUGGCCUCGGCAUAAAUCUACCCGUGGCGGUGUCGCCGGUGCCCCAAUCUCCCUACACAUACGACCACUUCCUUCUUUAA